AAAUUACCGUGGUCGCCUUCAAUCACUUCAACUUUUAAACCACCCUCUGCCCAUUCUUGUCGUUCUCGUGUUAAUUAUCAGACCUCAAAUUUCCACCAAGCUCCUCUUCCAGAAUCUUUGUUUUACACUUUAUUUAGUCCACAUAAAAUAUAGUUCUUCAUUUAUGGAGUAGUAAAAGACGCCCCUUUGACUUUUCGGCGCUCACACUCACUUUUGGGAUUAUCCUUCUCUCAUAUUUGCAGUAUAAAUUAAGUUCAUCCUAUUAAUUACAGUGUAUAGAAUCAGAAGAGCUAUAGAGCAUUAUCUCCUUCAUCUUAUUUGGAAGAACCAACCAUGUCUAAAGCUCGUAUCAGUUUCUUCAUCUUCAUAAUCCUCGUCCUCUUCUUUACCUUAUCUUAUGCAGCUCGUCCCCAGCAAGCUUUUUUCCACGCCACCCUCAACAAGAAUCAACAUCAGGAUGUUGUUGAACCAAAACAAAUUGAAGCGGAAGAGAGCUGCAAAGGACCACAGGAAAAAGAAUGUCUGGAGAGGAGGACAUUGGCUGCUCAUCUUGAUUAUAUCUACACCCAAAAUCAAAACCCCUGAAGGGAAGAGAAUCAGUUCUUUUAGGGGAAAACUCUGUUUGUUUUUAAUUUAUGGUGCUUGGUACAAUCUAGUUAUAGCCUUAUAAUGGGUCUAACCAAUGUAACUAUACGAGAAUGCGGUUGUCACUGAUACUUAUUAAAUUUCUCUUGUUC